AACAGCGAGAUAUAUAAAAAAGAGGAAGAACAUGUUUACAGCCGUUAUGCCAAACUCAAAAGAGCUUUAGAACCCGGGCCCUCCUCGGCCAUUGAAGACGAUUUAACAGAAGAUACAGAUAUAGUGGCUUACAGGCCGCAGCCUCUGGAGACUAACUCAGAUCAAAAGACUUAAGAGAAAGAAAUACCUGGAAAUCUGCCUUCACACCUGUCCAUCACAGCUCCGCCAGGAUGAUGCGACAAAUUCUGCAGGAUAUGUAUAUAGAGCCCGACCUGCUGGCUGAGCUCAAUGAGGAACAGAAACAUAUUCUCUUCUAUAAGAUUCGGGAGGAGCAGGUGAGACGCUGGAACGAAAGGGAAAGCAGGGACCCCAGACCUGCUGUGCGCAAGAGGAGUGACCGUAGAGGCAUUCAGUGGCGUUUGGGUUCAGAUGGAGAGGUGUGGGUGUGGGUGAUGGGGCAGGCCCCGGGAGACAAGCCCUUUGAGGACAUUGUGGAAGAGCUGAUGGAGGAGCGAGCCAGGAAGCAGGCGCAGCAAGAGGCGCAAGAACUCCGGCGUGUGAAGGAGGCAGAGAUUGAAAAGAAGUUCCGAGACGCCAUGGCGAAGGAAAAGGCUCGUUUCGUGGCAGAGAAAUGGAGGGAGGAGAUGGAUGACAGAAAGGCAGCCAAGCAGCAAGAAGAAGAAGACCGCAUUAGAGAGAAGCUCAAGAAAUGUGAGGAGGAAGAGAGAAAGAGAGGCGAAGAGGAAAUCCGCCAAACGGAGGAACGGCGGGCAAAGGAACUCUACAUCUCUCUGAAGCAUGAGGAAAAGAGGAACGAGAGAGAUGACAAAGAAUGGCAGGAACAAUUGCGACGCUCCAAGGCGGCGGAUAAAGAGAUGAAAUGUAAAGCCAGACGGGCUAGAGAUGAAUACAAGAGGCAGUCUUUGAGGACCAUCGAGAAGGGGAUGGUGGCUGGGCUUAGUGGCCUAUUCCACAAGACGCAGCUGAAUGGAUCGGGUCAUGGUCGACCCCACGGUGUGGUCAGUGAUCAUCCGGCACCCCCGACUGAGCAUUCAUCAGCCACUGGUGCUGGCCCAGUUUCUUCGGCCCAUUACCGGCGCCGACAAAACCGCCGGCCCAGUUGCAGCCCAGUGACAUCAUCACUCACAGAAUGCCCAGUUUGGAUUCGUCCUUCAAGGCCAAACUCCCGUGAAUCUAUUAUCCGCUGGUUUAGAGAGGAGCAGAGGCCCAGACGAGCGGGUUAUGAGAGAAGCAGCAACAACAUCGCCCCCUGGUUUCAUGGAAUAAUAUCACGGCAGGAGUCAGAAGCUUUGCUGAUGAAUGCCGCAGAGGGCUGUUUUCUGGUCAGAGUGAGCGAGAGAAUCUGGGGGUACACGCUGUCCUACCGCACCGCCACCGGGUUCAAGCAUUUCCUCAUCGACGCCUCUGGGGAUUAUUACAGCUUUCUGGGAGUCGACCAGAACCGGCACGCCACCUUAGCCGACCUGAUCGAUUUCCAUAAGGAGGAGGUGAUUACUACUUCUGGAGGAGAACUACUUCAGGACUCCUGCAGGCUGAGAAGCUCCACAGCUGACCAAGGAGGGCUUUUCCACUGAUUUCUUUUCUUUUAGCUGAGCAUGCACAUUUAGAAAGUUGAAUCUCAGUAGGCAUCAAACCUGAAAUGAAGCAUUGACAGCAUUUCACGAACACAACGGCUUGUUCUUUCAAAUCUAGAUGAACAUAUUUUACUUGCUUGAAUUUGCUCAGUAUGAGCAAAA